AUGACUUAUUGGACUGCAAUUAGAACUUUUAUUGGGGCAACGCCUUAUUGUCUCAUGUACGAUAUGGAAGCAGUAUUACCCGCAGAGGUUGAGAUCCCCCCUUUGAGCAUUUUAAUGGAAACUCAGUUGGAUAAAGCAGAAUGGACUAAACAACAACAGGAGCAACUAUCCUUGAUUGAUGAAAAGCGAUUAAAUACCGUUUGCCACGAACAGUACUAUCAAAGGCGAAUGGCUCGUGCCUACAAUAAGAAGGUCAAACCUCAUCUAUUCCAAGAAAGGGACAAAGUUUUGAAACGAAUUCUUCCCAUCCAAGAUGAAGCUAAAGGAAAAUUUGCUCCAAAUUGGCAAGGACCUUUCAUUGUUAAGAAGGUAUUGCCUGGAGGAGCACUUAUUCUCAUAGAGAUGGACGGACAGAUUUUUCCUCAGCCAAUCAAUUCAGACAUGUGCAAGACGUUUUUUAUCUGA